AAUAAAGUUUAUUGUGCAGUACAUCUUUCCCGUAAUGGAUCCCGUCACGAAUUCUACUUUACGGCUUGACGACUUCCUUCACUGUUGCCGCUUGUGUUUCGAUCGUAGUUCAACGCUAGUGGAUGUAUUCAAAACGCCAGAUAGUCCUGCUGCUUUGGCGAAAAUUGAAAAAUGUCUCGAAAUUGUGAUCACUCAGGAUGACUUUCCAGCAACAUCGAUUUGCCAGCGGUGUUUUAUGUUUAUCGAGCAAUUUUACAACUACCGACAGAUUUGCCAGCGAUACCAUCAAAUGUUUCACGACAGUAUUAAAACUAAUCGAGUGCCGGAUGUCGACGCAGUUCCUGCAUCCAGUUUAGAUGAUGUGCCAACGGCGGUACACAUCAAGUCCGAACCACUUGAGAUUUCCGAUCGAAUAGAGCAGGAGCCUUUGGAUAUCGACCUUGACAUUAUAAAGGAAGAGCCAGUCUAUGAAAGCCCUGCACAUGAUAAACUGCCUAUGGUUCAGAUCAAUACAGUUAAAUCUGAGCUAACAGUAGAACCCUCCGAAACGAGCGAUGACUCGGGUGCUACGCCGGUAAAGCGAGGCAGAAGAAUGAAAAAAAUUCACCGAGAAGGACUAACCGUUCGUAUGAUAAUAGACAAGAUGCGGAUGAACUGUACCAAAGUGUGUGCGAAUGGUAGUAUGCAAUUUUCUUGUGACAACUCAGACUGCCCUUUUCUGUACAACGGUCUGCCCGAUGGUACAUUUGUACCGCGCUCAAGUAAACCGCACAAUCAUCGUCCUCAUAUGGAGCGCGUUGGGCUGAUUCAUGUUUUGAAUACAGGGCGAAUGGAGCAGUUCGCAGUGGAUAGUAAGCCCGAUGUUGGGGAUGCUAUUAAGUUGGUUUGGAAUGAUCACGAAUGGACCCUGGCACCGGAUGGUCGGCUGGCCGUUUGUACCAAGCAAGGUAUGGGUCGGCGUAGCGGAUCGACCUGCCCUCGGUACGUUAAAAUUCACGGGGACUACCAUCAGCUGGAGGAGUGCGGCGGUGAGCACGAUCAUCAGAAGCACUAUUUCGUAAUUCGAGCUAGUGAGAAACUGACGGAGUUUGAUGUCAAUCUGUGGGAGCUGUUCUGUCGGAUCGAUCCGUGUCGGCUUUCGGUGAGCCAGGAAAUGCAGUUGCCCAUUCGGGUGAAGCUGUUCUACCAGGGCAGUCAGUUUCGAAUUGCUGAAUGUAGCUGGGGCGGUACUAGCCGGUGGCGGUGCGAUACGGUGAAUUGCCGUGCGGUGCUCUGCAUGAACGAGCAAGGUUUGAAUAAUGAGAAGAAUCAUUCGCAUGAUCCGCCCAUCGAGCGGCAGGGUGUGUUCAAUGGGAUCUACUAUUGCGUUAUGUCAACCAACAUUGGAUUGAAGAGGAUUUUCUACAAUGCGCACAGUUUCGGUAGCAGAAGCUCGGGGAAAUGGCUCUGUGCGGUACCGGGAUGCAACGCACGGCUGUUCGUCGGCGAAAACUACGAGUCGUUUGUUAUGAAGGGUAAACAUGGGCAUGAAGGAUUCAGUGCCAUCAUUAAGCCGGUGAAAGGAGAAGCAAUUCACUUAACGCCGGAAAAUCCUACCCUGCCACCUUCGGUGAGCAUAGACGCUUUGCUUGAGGAAAUGCCGACCCGAUCCGAUCUGAAGAUACCGAGAAUGCCUGCGCCGCAACCUAAGCCACUGCCAAAGCCUAAACCGAAACAGCAAAGCACAAGCAGUGAUUCCAAAAAACACUCCCUGUUGGAGGAAACCGAAUCGAACUCGGUUGUUCGGAUGGCAUACGACGGUCACCGUUACACGCUUUGUGAGUUCUUCGGCGACGGGACUUCGUUCUGGCGUUGCUGGGGCGUACGCUGCAAAAAGUCGCUGCACAUGUCUUCGAAUGGAUUUCUCUACGCGAAAAACGAUUCCAUCGAACAUGAACAUCCGCCUUCGGUGUCGAAACUGGGACGAGUUACGUUGGACGACGGCCGGUGCGAGAGCUUCGCCGUAUUUCAGGACUGCAGAAACAACACAAGUCUGAUGUACCGCAACACGCUGUGGGAUUUGGUUCGCGGCGAGGGUGUCUACAUUGCCUCGUGCAAAGACUUUCAGAUAACGGAUAAGGAUCAGCUUCCGUGCUCAGCGAAGAUUCGAAUAUCUCUGGAUUACACUAAAUUCGAGCACACGGGCGAAUGCAUUGAUCACAGCGAAAAAUAUAUGCUUAUCCGGAGUGCGUCGAAAAGCGUUGAGGGUGAUCCCCUGAUAUGGAAACUGUACCAGCAGAAGCAUCCUCUGUACCUGAACGAUGGCAGCCUGUUCACGGGGGGAAGAAAUUCACACCUGUUUAUCGGUGACCAGCGAUAUACUUUGCAAAGUUUACUCUGGAACGGCUGCUCUGUGUGGCGAUGUUCGCUACAGUUUUGCACUGCUAAGGGUCGCAUCUCGUCGAAGGGAUAUUUCCAAACUGCAGAACAUAAACAUGACAAACUCAACCGUAUUCAAGGUUUCAUAUGGAAUGAAAAGCGUCAGAAGGAAGAACGAUACAUCGUAUCGAUCACAGUGAAGAAAACAUUAGCCACUAUGUACUACAAUACCUAUUGCUACGCUUUGAGGGAUACCCGAAACAAUAUCUGGAGUUGCUAUCCAGGUCUUUGCAAUGCUUCGCUUCGUGUUGAGGGGGAUUUUCAACGGGUUGUAGAUGAGAUAGAGCACACUCACGAUGGCACAUUAACGUUCGUUAGGAAAGAUGAAACCCCGGAGAGUCAAGAAACCACACCACCAACCAAAGGAACAUCCCGUAAACGAGUGCUGGAAUCUACCGACGUUUCGGAAUGUAAACCAACAGCAAAGCGUCCCCGCAUCAAGCAAGAACCGAUAGUUCUAUCCGAGUCGAGACCAAAGCUGGAAUCUGUUCUGGAACUUUUACAAAAACGCACAGUUAAGGUAAACGAAAAAAGUCCAGCCAAACCGGAUCCGAUACUGCGCUAUCACGGUGGAUUCACGUACUAUCGCUGCCAUACCCGGAGCAACGGAAGCAUGCGGUUGGAGUGUAAAAAAUUCCGAUGCCCCGGAGUGAUAGUCGUGUCGGCAGAUCAACAAAUCCUGUCCAAAACCGAACACACACACUCGAAGAAUUUUGACACCUGCGGGACGAUUAGCGAUAUGGUAACGGGAGAAACCAUGCCGUACAUUCUGGUGAACGGAACACAGAAGCGUCAUGUGACCUAUUUUGUGUGCAACGGCUACCGGUAUCACAUCCUGUCGAAAAUUCAAAACCUGAAUGCCGAAUCGGAAUGGCAGUGUGGCAAGUGUGACGUUAAAAUAACCAUCACUAACUCGUUUAGUCAUAUCGAGUUUGGUUCUGCGCACGAGCACGAACCCACAGAUUUGAUAAUUCCAGACAGUCAGGAGGAGGAGAGCGUACCCAGUGAUUUCGGCCAAGGAACCGUACAUCUGGAUGAAGUGGUGUGGGGGAACCAUCGGUAUACUCUUCCCAUAUUCAUCAGACGCCUGAAUCGUAUCAAGUGGAUGUGCUACAAGCGGCGAGAAUGUCGAGGCUACAUUUAUCAGCUAGGAGAUGGAAGUUUCGAAGACAUGGAACCGCACAACCACGAUGGACCGGUCGAAACGCUCGGUGAAGCCGGUUACGAUGAAUUUCUAAAGGUCAAAGAUCGUUUUGCCAUCCUCAAACCCGGCGAAAGACCUAAGGUAAGGCAACUUAUUUUCCAAAACUAUAUGUAUAACGAAUCGACCGAGAGCUGGAAGUGUAACCGAAAGUCGUGCAACGGUGCCAUACAAUCGAAUGCCGAUUUUUCCUUCCUCCGAGUUCUCGAAGGCCAUUGCCAUCAACCAACCAUCACAAGCAUCAAAUUUCUGGAGGAAAUACAACCCUUCCUACCCCUGUACCCCCUUUAGCAAUUUAGUGAACUAUUU